AUGCCGGAGUAUUCGCAGACAUAUCUCAACUUCCUUGGCAGAGAGUGGCGGACCCGAUGGUCGAAUUCUGUAUGGAGUGUGAGAAGCCACGCGAGACUUGCGAUAUGGCUUAUGGCCAACAUCACCAACCCCGACAUCAUCGAUCGUCUGGCAACCAGCGAACUAUACCGCUGGAGAACAAAUGUCAUCUUCGGGGUAAUGUGGCACACCGACGGCCACUCAUGGUGGUCCUCAGUCACCAGCAGCCACCUGGUCGACCUAGAGAUCGCCUGGGGAGCAGACCGACUCUGGCGUUUUGACCUCUUUGACUUCGACAACAACAUAUAUAUUGCAGAAGGGCAGUACGCCUCCGGCUGCCUUCGCCAGGCGGGUUACGAUGUCUACGGUGUCAUGGAUAGAAUAUGCGAACUGGAAGAAGAAGAGGAAGAGGAAGAGCGGCUUCGCCGAGUCAAUAACCUUCGAAAGGCUAGAACCCUUGCACGAGAGCUAGUCCCCUGUGGCAGUCAUCUCCAACUGUAUCAGCCAGACAUGCUUCAGAAUUCCCGAAUUCAUGGACUACCUGGACAUUCAAGAAGAUGA